GGUAUUCAAAAAGCAACUAUAAAAUAUAAUAAAUAAGAGCUAAUUCAUUGAGGAGGUGAUUGAAAUGAUAAAGAAUUAACAAAAGAUGUGUAGAUCUAUUGUUAAAUCAGUUUCAAAACAAAGUCAAUUACCCAUAUCCUAGAAAUGAAUUUCCAAAAAUAAAAAAAUGUCAAUCAAAAUAAGGCUAAAAUAAAAAACUUCAAUAAAAAUAUAGAUAAAUGAAUUAUAAGUUAAAUUAUAAGGAUAAGUGUUCAUUAUUUUUGUUGAUGAUUUUGGUAGUAUAAGUGUGUAAUUCUUUAAAAAAAUCGUUUUUUAGAUGGGUUUUGAUUUUGUAUUUGAAAUAAAUUUGGUCUUAGAAAGGAUGAGUUAAAAUAGAUUAGAGAGUUUUUGA